AUGGCGGAAGACACGCCGAAGACGAGUAAACUAGAACAACGGUUGCAUUUGGCUCAGUCGGAGAAGCGUUUCUACGAAGCCCAUCAAAUAUACAAGACCAUAUACUUUAGGUGUACUGCGCGUAAAAAAUACGCAGAAGCUCUGGAACACCUUCUUCCAGGGUCGAAGUUCUUACUUGCAAAUAAGCAAUGGGAAAGUGGAGUGGAUUUGGCUUGCCUAGUCGUGGAUACGCUUUCAAAGAGUUCUGUUGAAAUAACGGAGAAGAACUUGACUGACUUUUGCGAACUUGUAAGCCUCAUGCCGCCAACCUGUGCGGAUCGGGAAAAAUACAUCUCGAAGGUCCUCAAACUGCUGUCUGGCAGUAAACUUUUAUUGAAUGCCUUCAACGAAUUCCUCGGCCGACAAUUUUGGCAAGAGGGCGCUUUGAUACAGACGCGCAAUCGGAUGUUUCUUACAGACAAUGGAUUUGUUGUCGGCUGCUUUCUAAUUGAGUUGCAUCAGCGUUACGGUCUUACAUCUGAAAUUGACCUUUUUAUAACUCAGACUGUCCUCCAAUUCCUGUGCAUGAAAAAAAUUUGUGUAGCUGCGACAACUUUUUAUACCUACACUCGUCGUCACCCGAAGCUGGAACCUGGACCGCCGUUUACGCAUUUUCCCCUGCUCAAUUUUGUCUGGCUUUUAAUGCUAGCUAUUGAACAGAAACUUGGGUCAAGUGUACUCUGCUGUCUGUGUAAUAAAUACAGCCCUCAGCUAAGUCGGGACCCCAGUUAUUACAUGUAUUUAGAAAAGAUAGCCCAGGUCUAUUUUGGUGUUCAGCCGCGGCAGAAUCCACUGACAAGCAUUUUGUCGAACCUUACCAAAAUGUUGGGCGACACCUUCGAUGACGACGCGAACAAUGAUCGUACGGAUGGAUCACCAUCUACUUCCUACAGUAUGCAUGUUGACGAAAUCGAUUGA